AUGCUAGGUGUGGGACUGAACAAGCACGCCGCCGUGUCCGAUCAAUGGUGGAUGCGCGCCUUUGACGAGGGAUUGAAGAAUCUGGGCUCUGGAAAAAAGAGCACGCUGGCCAAUGUGCGRGAAAAGGGUGUGCAUUUUGGAGGACUYUACGGCCGAUUUGUCAAGGGCGAGACGGUCGAGGGCACCAUGGAAAGCAAGGAAGACAAGGCGAAGGAGGCAGCUGGACAGCUGAAGAGGAAGAGAGAUGGCAACGAUGUGGACACACGUCACCGUUCGAAGCGCCGGGCGGACGGCACAGACACGGCCACUGGUGAGCAUCUGGCCAAAAGCGUGGAGAGCCAGACAAAAGCUGUUGUUCGUGAGGCUGUCAACCGUGGGUUGAUUCCCAAAGGAAGCAAGGACAAUGGAAAGAAAUCGUGUAAACAUUCAACAAAAGUAGACGAGGCUACACUCUCGCACAUCUUCGACCUGGCUGGUUUGAAGGAGCCGACAGGACUUGGCGAGGGCUCGAGUAAAUCAGCUCGCAAGCAGGCAAAGCAUACCCGCGGGAAGCUACAACGAGAGCUCAAGCGUGUUGCAAGAGCACAUUUGACCAGCCAAUUGAGUGUUGCAGAGCGAGCGUUGAUCACGCAGCUGGCGACGGCUAAAGAGAAGCAGCGGAGUUCCAAAGGCGAGCUCAAACAGGUCGACAAGUACAACUUGGCGGCGCAAAAGGCACUCGCAAAGGCUGCCAAGUCUAAGAGGAGAGAACAACGACGAGGGGAGAAGCAGAAGGACAAUGUUGCAAUUUCCGCACGGAAAGCAGCUAAAUACGCAGACCGUGCUGCAGCUAAAGGCGUCAGUGUGGAGGACUACAUCCGUCGUCGAGGUGAGAAGUCCGCUGCGAAGAAGUCUCGGUCCUCCUCAUCCAACGAAGCCCCGGUUGGAUUCGUGGUCGAUACUGCUGGUGAUCCUUCCCUCAAGACGCAGGCAAUGCUGCAUUCGCCGCCCGCUGUCACUUCAUCCGGCCGUGGCGAGGCGGCGACAAGGRAGGGUUGA